AUGGGAUCCCAAGCUGACUCGACUCCGUAAACCGGUCGAAAAAAAGGAAAAAAAAAAAAAAAAAAAUGGAGAACCUGGACGACUUCGAGGCGGAGGUGGAGGACGUGGCCCUGGGCAGCGGGGUGACGGUGCGGCGGCAGCUCCCCCAGGCCUCCCCCGGCAACUGGCUCGAGCACGCGUUCAACGACAGCGACUGCCUCGUGAACAGCGACGGCUCCGACUGCCAGGUGAACGCCACGCUGCUGGGGAACGGCUCCUUCCUCAUGAACGCGACGGCGACGGCCCUCCCGCCGAGCCUGGGCUUCGACGACAACGCCAUGACGGACAUCAUCGUCUACUGCGUCCUGUUCAUCGUCGCCGCCAUCGGGAACUUCACCGUGUUCAUCACCCUCUUCCGCAACAGGCACCGGAAGUCGCGGGUCAACCUCAUGAUCAUGCACUUGGCCGCCGCCGACCUCAUGGUCACCCUCAUCAACUUCCCCCUCGAGGUCGGCUGGCGCAUCACGACCCAGUGGGUGGCCGGGAACCUCGCCUGCAAGCUCUUCCAGUUCCUCCGGGCCUUCGGGCUCUACCUCUCGUCCCUCGUCCUCGUCUGCAUCAGCCUCGACCGCUACUUCGCCAUCGUGCACCCGCUCAAGGUGAACGAUGCCCAAAGACGAGGAAAAAUGAUGCUGUCGUUCGCUUGGUCCAUCGCCGCUGUCUGUUCCAUUCCCCAGAGCGUCAUCUUCCACGUGGACACCCACCCCGUCUUCAAGAAUUUCAAGCAGUGUGUGACGUUCGGCUUCUUCCAGACGCAGGUCGAGGAGCGAACUUACAAUGUCUUCUGUCUGGCUGCCAUGUACUUCAUGCCUCUCCUGAUCAUCAUCGUGGUCUACCUGAGGAUCCUGUGGGAGAUCUCGCAGAAGUCCAAGGAUUCGAAAGGUAUGUAUAUACAGGCUGGGUCAGGCACAAAGCCGUGCAGCGGAGGGCGCCGCGAAGGCCGCCUCAGACUCCGGCGCAGCGACAUGACCAACAUCGAGAGGGCGCGAGCGAGGACCCUCCGCAUGACCCUCAUCAUCGUCCUCGCCUUCGUCUGGUGCUGGACGCCCUACGUGGUCAUCGUCAUGUGGUACAUGUUCGACCGGCAGAGUGCCAUGCAGGUAGACAAGCGGUUGCAAGACGCACUCUUCAUCAUGGCCGUGAGCAACAGCUGUGUCAACCCUCUGGUCUAUGGCACUUACACCAUCAACUUCCGGAACGAACUGAGCAGAUGUUUCGGAAGGAAGAAAAAGCCCCCAGUUCUUGCAAGGAAGUCCACAGAAAACGUCGAUAAAGUUUAUACAAGAACGCUGGAAAACGCUUUCUCAAGACUGACUCAAGAGAUAAAAGUGAUCGCAACUGCUUUUGUCCAGAAGCUGCAGAUCAUGUACCUCAAAGUAACAGGCUUGCUCUACCUGUGUUCUCCUAGUGUGGGCAGCCAGGACCUUCGAGGACCUAAGCUGCACGCAAGGUCUUCCGUCAGCUUCCCCGAACCAGGUCGUCCAACAGCACUGGCUACCUUAUCACCUGUACAUGAAUGUACGCUGAAGAGCCAGGUGCAAUCACUUGACCUGACAUUGUCAAGGUUCGCUUGUAUUAGCGAAAGUAAAGAACAGAGGCGGUACCUGAACGUUGUGGCGGGUCUGCUAACACCUGGCCUGCCCGCCUCCCCACCCCCCAUCGCUGCCUAA